AUGCCUAGCCAGCCAUCGAGCAAAAGCUAUAUGCACGACAACUUCUCCGAGACCAUGUCUACUCGAGCAGAGAAGAGAUCAAAAGCGACAUUUGCGACCUCGCUGGCAAAGACCAUCAACCGUACGGGCAUAGACGAGGCCAUCCACGGCGGCUACGAUCGAUGGUUUCCGGGCUACUGCGCAAAGCACUAUCGAGUUCACCUCAAGAACGGGACGGUCAAUCAGGAAGGCGUACCCGUACACAAUACAAAGGUUGAGAUCCAGGUCGUCUCCGUGCUCCGGCAUGUCUGGGCCGAAGUGGAACACGAUGUGGUCUACAAGGGGAAGCUCAGGGCGAGCCGAGACGACCACCGUAUCCUUGACGGUUUAAGCGGUGCGGUCUUCCUCGGGGAAUGCUUUCUGGAUCAACUGUACCAGACUCAGGUGGUCAAGAUCACCGCCGACGACAAAGGUUUCGAAUCAAUCUACGCGCUCGGAUCGUUUAUGUGGAAUUGGACCGCCUCUCUCGGGCAUUGCCAGGUGGAAUACCCCGUCGAAGUGGAGUUUCUGAAAGAUCUGCUCGAAAUUCUUGGACUCAAUAAUCCAAAGACACUGUGGGACAUUUUGAGUCAGAUCGACCUGUCUACUCGAGGAGGGAGCGAGUGGCAUGCUUUCCGGGCGGCUUUUCACCCCGCCAGAUCCAGUCUUACGAUGUUCAUAAUGGACCGGAUCCUUGCAAUGCCGGUCGGAUCCAGCAAACUCGAGAAUGCUCCAAUGGAAACUCUCGCACCUGCAGAUCGAGCGAGACAUGAGCUUGGCGUUGUUUCUAGUUCAUUGAUAUGGCUCGAUCGAGUCUAUCCACUCUCGUCUCAUUUAUUCGGAGCCCUGUUCGCCAGUGACUCAUGGGACCGCUAUUUACCCGGAAUCAGGUGGCUUGAUUCGCGGAAACCGCAGGAUUAUUGGAGGGGAAAUGCAGUGCUUACUGACGAGGAAAGGCAGAGGAUCAACGGUCUAUUCGAGUGCUUUGCGCGAAACAAGCAGAAACCCAUUCAGCUUGCGUUUGCGCUUGCCAGAUUGGGUGUUCUUAAGAGAUACGCUGCUGACUGGCUGGCAUUGCAUCGCGUCAUCUCACCGUUGCUUAUUGUGAUAAAGGCUCGAUAUUAG